AUGAAAUUUCCCACGAAAUUUAUUGGAUGGGCAUCAUCUCCUACUACAUACAGUAAAGCUAGUUCUUUUAGCUCCUUUCCUUUGAUCAAGCUCCAUUUAGGGUUUGGUUUUCUAUUUUUCCACAUACUCUCAAGCAAUGGAAACGCCAACACCGCCACCACGACAAGAACAACAGAGCAAUGAAAAGCCAGGACUGAGAAAGCCCGUCUUCGUUAAAGUGGACCAGCUUAAACCUGGCACCAACGGCCACACAUUGAUCGUCAAGGUCCUUGAAUCCAACCCCGUCUCGCAAAAGGGGCGAUCGACGUCCAGUCACCUCCGCCUGACCCGAAUCGCCGAGUGCCUCAUCGGUGACGACACUGGAACCAUAAUUUUCACCGCUCGUAACGAUCAAGUUGACAUGAUGAAGCCUGGUACAACUGUUAUUCUCCGUAAUGCGAAGAUUGACAUGUUUAAGGGAUCCAUGAGGCUGGCAGUUGACAAAUGGGGCCGUGUUGAGGUUACUGACCCUGCAGAAUUUGUUGUCAAAGAUGAUAACAAUCUCUCUUUAGUGGAGUAUGAGCUAGUGAAUGUUGUGGAAGAGUGACAGAGAGCACUUGAAGGCCAUACUUGGAGCUAAGAGUAACUUAGGAGUUUUGAACCUGCAACAGCUUUUUUUUUUGUGAUUUUCUGGUAAUAUGCUGCUGCUUGGUAAUAUUUUAUUAUACUUUAGAUCGGAAUUAGUUAAUAGAUGUUAGUAAAAGCAACUUAAUGCUGUUAAUUAAGUAAGACUUACCAUCAAUUAGGAUUUUCUUAGGUAAGUAAAACUUACUAUAUCCUUUCGUAUUCGAAA